AUGGACUCCAAUGUCCCUGUCGAAGAGACACUAGAAGCACUGAAAGAGCUCGUGAACGGACAGAUUGUAGCAGUGGGGCUGUCGGAGAUUGGAGCCGCCGCUAUCAAGAGAGCGCAUGCGGUUUGUCCACUGAGUGUUGUUGAGGCGGAGUUCUCGCUAUGGACUACCAGCGGAGUUUCCGCGACCUGUAGAAUCUGGGAGCUAUAUUUUGAGCUAUGCGCCGCUGGGACAAAUAUGUUUAGUCGAUUUCAACCCGAGAUCUUCCCGAAAAUCCUCGAGCUGGUCGACAAAGUCAACGAGUUUGCUAUACGUCGAGGCGUCACCCAGGUGCAGCUUAUGCUGGGGUGGAUCCGCGCGCACUCGGAUACCGGGGAUUAUAUUGCGAUUAUUCCGACUCCUGUGUGGCUGCUCACUCGAUGA